UACAACCUGUUGGAAGAUAUCAUAUUACCUCAGCCAACUGUAGAGUUUGGGACUCACACCUGGACCUGUCCUCUGCCGUAUAUCCUGCCCGGUUCUCCUGGCCAGCUCGGGCCUGCCUGGUCAUCUUUUCUCAAUCCCUCAUUCUCAACCCCUUGUUCCAAUAGUCCCCAAGCGGUUCAUUCUGACACUACAAUUCCUACCUUCCGGCCGACCUCCUGCACCACCUCAUGCCUUCCAUCCUGUCCCUGCAUUUUCUCUUCAAUGCCAGCUUCUCAUUCUCCGGCCUCCAGCCUAGCCCCAUCCUCCUCCAUACACUCAAAUCCAAUGGCAAUCUCGGUUUCAAAUGCCACCAGCCCGCCGGUCUAUUCCGCACCUCCUUUCGCCUCUUCUGUCUUUCUGCAUAUGCCGAGCUGUGCUUCGGCUACACCGGCUCCGGCACCGACUAUCAGUAGGACAGCAGAGCUAGUCCCCGUCUGGGCCUACAAAUCGUUAUCGGAGGCGGCCACUGGUACCAUCAAUGCUGGAGGCUCGACCGGAUGCUUUGCUCUGCUGGAUAGAAGUUCUUCGGAUCGACCCUGUCAGGCAUCAGCACAACCAAGCUUACAGCAUUACAGACAGAUGUCACCCUUUCUCCUGGAACUAGAAGGGCAGACUCAGCCUUGUGGGAUUCAUGGUGAAUGGGCCAAAUUAGCCCGCUCUUCAUCCAACCUCGUUUCAUCAAGCCUACACAAUGACGCAGAUACAGGUACCCCUCCAACACGAUCUGCAUCCAUUCCUUCUUCUCGAGUUAUAUUGAGUAGUCCUUAG